AUGACAAUUUUGCCGCUGAAAAAGAAACGAGAGCGAGAUACGUCGCAAAGGCCGCCGGGCGCAGUUUCCAACAGCGAUUUGAGAGCCUCCGCAUUGCGAAGACUUCGAAAAUCGCCUAGAGCAAAUGAGAAACUUGGGCCGCCCAUUAAACGAGGCCUUCUCUCAUCGCCGCAAAAUCAUAGUUCGAAAAUUGGGAGCCCAUUAGCAUCGCCGAGAAGCGAUAAAUCGCAUGAUAACCAUUCCAGCCACUUGGCACAAUCGAGUCACAAUUCCGACGAUGAAUACGAACAGGAAAUGCCGUGUAAUGAAGUGUUGGAAAAGGAAUUCGUUGAACGUUUCGCUGCGCGCGGAUUGACAAUCAAGGAAAUGGUCGGCGACGGCGCGUGCAUGUUUCGAGCGAUCGCUGAACAAAUCUACGGCGAUCAGGAGAUGCACGGCCAGAUUCGCAAACUCUGUAUGGACUACAUGGCAAAAAAUCGCGACUACUUUGGCGAUUUCAUCACCGAAGAUUUCGAUCAAUACAUUCGACGGAAACGAUGCGACACGGUUCACGGAAAUCAUCUCGAAUUGCAGGCAAUCUCGGAGCUUUUCGCACGUCCCGUGGAGGUCUAUGAAUACAGCACCGAGCCGAUUAGCAUAUUGCUACCAAGAGGGAGUAAUGAGCAGGCUUCGUCGUCAUCGAGGCAACAGAAUCCGCCAUUGCGUCUCAGCUAUCAUGGUUCGGUUCAUUAUAAUGCCAUCAUUGAUCCUCAACACGCAACGAUUGGCGUCGGACUCGGAUUGCCCGGUUUGAUUCCACGCGGCGAUGACAUCGCCGUGAUGGAGAAUGCGAUUGAGGUUUCCGAGCGUGAGCACAUUGAGGAAACCAUGUUGAAAGAUAAAAUCGAUAUGACCGAUUGGCAGAGAACCCAGGAGGAUCUUGUGGACCAGAUUUCGCGCGAGUCAUAUUUAGCAUAUGUGCGCGAAACCGAGAAGAAUUCGGCGCCACCAAAACCGGAAGCUGAAAAACCGGAAAAUCUACCACCGACGGCGACGCCAACUGUCGAGGAGCCAUCAACAAGCAAUGAGGCGCCGAGCGCGGGACUUUAUGAAGAGCUGCUGGCGGCUCAUAUUUGGGAACCGUACAACGAAGAAAUGGCAAUGGCGGAAGCGCUUCUUCUCAGUCGUCAAGAAUUCAUCGAAAAUAAUAAAACGGGAUCAUCGUCUGGCGCUAGCAGUCAAUAA